CCAACGGGUGAGCUCAUUCGGUGUGAUCGUGCAAAGAGAUAGCUUAGAAAGACGUAGUGUGGUCUUUAGAGAAAAUAGAUUUCAUUCCGAAAAUGGAAUAAAUUGAACUGCUUCGGUGGCAUAAUUCAUUUGUUCGUUCACGUGUUCGAUAAGAAUAAGUACGGAUAGGAAAUACCAUUUUCUUGGGCUGUACCGGCAGAAAAAGCAAUAAAUCGAAGAUUCCCUGAGAGGAAACGGAUUCCGUGAUAUUUUAGUGAAAAUCCACCGAGUGGAAUAAUUCUUAGGUCUGCAAUUUUUCUGCCUUGAUCAUGGUAUCGGAUGCUGAGGGAGCUUCGGCAAGCCCGUCAAAACCUGCUACGGCUGAGGUGGAAGUUCUUGCCGGGAUCUGUCCGGUGUGCAAUCAGUCGGCGAAAAAACGCUGCUCCGGUUGUAGCGCAGCGUACUAUUGCAGCGUCGAGCAUCAAAGGCAGGACUGGAAGAAUCAUAAAAAUGUUUGCCAUCCAUUCAAAAUCUGUAGUGACGAGCGCUAUGGACGAUACAUGGUGGCGACAAAGGACAUCAAAGCCGGAGAAGUCGUACUGAAGGAACCGCCGUUGGUCCAGGGGCCGGCGCAAAUUACGGCACCGGUCUGCGUGGGAUGCCUGCAAGGCCUAACGGAGAAUGAGUUUUUACCGUGCGAGAGAUGCGGCUGGCCAGUCUGCAAAAGGGAAUGCCAAGAACAUCCGGGCCAUAAAGCUGAAUGCAAAUUUACCAUCGCUCGCGGAAGCAAGAUGUCGCUGCAGCACUUCUACGUCCCGCAUCCGGUCUAUCAGUGUUUGAUUCCGUUGCGCUGUCUACUGCUGGCCGAGCGUGAUCCUGCCAAAUGGCAAACAUUAAUCAAAUUAGAAUCGCACGAGGAGCAACGCCGGGGCUCAGAACAGUGGCGUAACGAUCGGGAAGGUGUUGCUAAGCUGAUUCCACGGUUCUUCAAGUGUGAAAACAAAUGGAGUGAGGAUGAAAUAUUGAAAAUAAUUGGAAUACUGCAAGUGAAUGGCCACGAGAUUCCUUUGACGGAACCACCAUCCGUUGCAAUCUACAACAACGCCUCGAUGCUGGAACAUUCGUGUCGUCCAAAUUUGUCGAAAAGUUUCACUUGCAAGAGGGAGAUAGUCUUCUGGGCACCGAAUCCGAUCAAAAACGGAGAACGAUUGAGCAUUUGCUACUCAGAUGUCCUUUGGGGAACGGCUAAUCGUCAGGAUCAUCUGAAACAGACGAAACUAUUCCACUGUGCGUGUGCUCGUUGCCUUGACCCAACCGAAUUCGGUACCUACGUGAGUGCCUUGAGAUGUUCUGGGUUCAAAAAGGAUUCCAAUUGCUCUGGUUUGCUGUUGCCGGAAAACGUGAAGAAUUGGUAUGGUGGUUACAUAUGUAACAAAUGCCGUGGAUUGGUAGAAGCCGUAGAAAUAACGAAAAUCUUGGAUCGUGCACGUGUAGAUCACGAGGCAAUGCAAAAGACCAAUGAAAAACACUGCAGCAUGUAUAUAGCACACUAUGGGCGUUGGUUGGGACCAAACCACCAUUUGAUAGUGGAUGUUAAAAUUUGUCUUUCACAAAUCAUGGGAGGUGGAUCCCCGGAAGCAAUCCAGAAAAUAUCGGAUGAGGACUUGAUGACCAAAAUUAAAAUUUGCCAGGAGCUCAUCAAUCUGUUUGAGAAGAUUUGUCCCGCUGAAGCUCGUGUCAUUGGAACCACACGUUUUGAAUUGCAUGCUGCUCUGGCUGAGUUUGGACGACGAGGAGUGGAGUCGAAAAAUCCUGCCGUUAGAAGCGCUCUUGAGGACUCAUUGUACAAUGCAGCAGAGUGUGUCCGGAUGCUUUCGCACGAGCCAGAUGAAUUGCCGGAGAGUAAAAUUUGCGAGCAAGCCAGGAUAAAUGUGAACUCGUUGAGGGUGCUGCUCGGUUUGCAGGAAGGAUGAUAUCUGCUACCGUCACGGUGGUGCCAUCGAUAGGUCUAUUGGAAAAGACAUGACAGUUUGUUUGAUUAUCAAUGCACAUCAUGAUGCUAAGGUACCAUGUUU